GGCAGCAGCGGCAGUCGGUGCGGCGGGCGCGCCCGGCACGCAGCGCUCCGCUCCCGCAGGAAGCGGCCCGGGGCGGGGGCGGCCUCUCGCAGCCAUGCCGGGCCCGGGGCGCUGAGCCGGCCCCGCCGCCGCCCCGCACAAUGGAGGAGGAGAGCGUUAAGCAGAGCUCGCGUUCCUCUGAGGCAGCUGAAGAUGAGAAGGACCCGCGUACAGUGACAGUCAAUCCCUCUCACAUGAGAAAGGCUUUCAAGGUCAUGAAUGAAUUACGGAGCAAGCGGCUGCUGUGCGACGUGGUGAUUGUGGCCGAGGCCGUGGAGAUGGAAGCUCACCGGGUGGUGCUGGCAGCCUGCAGCCCCUAUUUUUGUGCCAUGUUUACAGGAGACAUGUCUGAAAGCAAGGCCAAGAAGAUAGAGAUCAAGGACGUGGAUGGGCAGACCCUGAGGAAGCUGAUUGAUUACAUCUACACGGCGGAGAUCGAGGUCACGGAGGAGAACGUGCAGGUUUUGUUGCCAGCUGCUAGCUUGCUGCAGCUGAUGGACGUUAGGAAGAACUGCUGUGACUUCCUGCAGUCGCAGCUGCACCCCACGAACUGCCUGGGCAUCCGCGCCUUCGCCGACGUGCACGCGUGCGCCGAGCUGCUGCAGCAGGCCAACGCCUACGCAGAGCAGCACUUCCCUGAGGUGAUGCUAGGAGAAGAAUUUCUUAGCCUUAGUCUGGACCAGGUUUGCAGUUUAAUAUCAAGUGACAAGCUCACAGUCUCCUCUGAAGAAAAGGUCUUUGAAGCAGUUAUAUCUUGGAUAAAUUAUGAGAAGGAGUCUCGCUUAGAGCACAUGGCUAAGCUGAUGGAGCACGUUCGCCUGCCCCUUCUGCCCAGAGAUUACCUGGUACAGACAGUCGAAGAAGAAGCUUUAAUCAAGAAUAACAACACCUGUAAAGACUUUCUCAUCGAAGCCAUGAAAUAUCAUUUACUUCCUCUGGAUCAGAGACAAUUAAUAAAGAAUCCCAGGACAAAGCCAAGGACUCCUGUUAGCUUGCCAAAGGUGAUGAUUGUGGUGGGUGGGCAAGCCCCCAAAGCCAUUCGCAGUGUGGAGUGCUAUGAUUUUGAGGAGGAGCGGUGGGAUCAGGUUGCAGAGCUUCCCUCACGGAGAUGCAGAGCAGGCGUGGUGUUCAUGGCCGGCAGUGUCUAUGCCGUGGGCGGUUUCAAUGGCUCGCUGCGGGUGCGCACGGUGGACGUGUACGACGGCGCCAAGGACCAGUGGACGUCCAUCGCCAGCAUGCAGGAGCGGCGCAGCACGCUGGGCGCCGCCGUGCUCAACGACCUGCUCUACGCCGUGGGCGGCUUCGACGGCAGCACCGGUCUGGCAUCAGUUGAGGCCUAUAGCUAUAAAACCAAUGAGUGGUUUUUUGUGGCUCCCAUGAACACGAGAAGAAGCAGUGUUGGAGUUGGAGUUGUGGAGGGGAAGCUGUACGCCGUGGGGGGCUAUGACGGCGCGUCCCGGCAGUGCCUGAGCACGGUGGAGCAGUACAACCCCGCCACCAACGAGUGGACCUACGUGGCUGACAUGAGCACGCGGCGCAGCGGGGCAGGUGUUGGUGUGCUCAGUGGGCUGCUCUACGCCACCGGGGGCCACGACGGGCCCUUGGUGAGGAAGAGUGUGGAGGUCUACGACCCAGGGACAAACACCUGGAAGCAAGUAGCAGACAUGAACAUGUGUAGAAGAAAUGCAGGUGUGUGUGCAGUGAAUGGUCUCCUCUACGUGGUGGGAGGCGAUGAUGGUUCCUGCAACUUGGCCUCAGUGGAGUACUACAACCCCAGCACAGACAAGUGGACGUUGUUGCCAACCAGCAUGAGCACAGGGAGGAGUUAUGCAGGUGUGGCAGUGAUUCACAAACCCUUGUGACACACGACCGAGCCAAUGUGAGGAGCAGAAGUGAAGUGGAUCCAGCCAGGUGGUGUUGGGAAGAUGACUGACCUCUGACUUGACCCAUCUCAUUGCUGUUAAUGUCUUAGUAUGACAAGUGAUACGUUGCAAGCAUCAUCCACUCUGCAGUGGAUUGCAUAGCCAAGUGAAAAUCCCUCUGGGGACAUGUUCCAUGCUAGGCACGAGGUGUUGCUUGUUAUCUGUGGUGCAAUCAACUGUUCUUCUCGAUGGCAUGUGUCCUGAGGUAAACACUGUGCUUGGACUGCAGGCACGGGAUUUCUUGUGUGAAACAAAAGUGCUACGUUUGGGCAUGUGAGUAAAAACAGACAUGUCUGGAUUUCUUCCCUACUGAUGCUCCGUGCACAUCCUUGGUUGAACUACUCACUGUGCCUGGAGGGUGGACUUCAAUACUGGCAGAGGAAACUUCUGAGUUCCAACAGAGCAAAACAGCAGAAAUGGACUGGAACAGGGUGGUCUGGCUCGAGUGUGACUCUGUCUCAGUCAUACGUGUGUUCAUGCCACUGGACUGCUGUAUGUUUCCCUGAAAUGCUUGUGGAAAUAAACACCAUGUGGUUUUUCUACUUGCCAUGAAUGCUGUGUGCUGUGCGUGGUGGGACCUGCUGGGCAGUGCCUUCCCCAGGCUGAGGGCUGAGCCCCUGAGCCACACAAGCCCUCACAGCCCCACACAACACUGCUGCUCCCACGGGGCUCAUUGCUCCUGGGAAACAAAUGUUGCUUGAAUAGAGAAUGUUCCCAACCCACACCUUUCAGCUGUGCUGAAAGCCUCAGUUCUAGCUCUGUCCAGCAUCUCAAUGCCAUUUCAUAAUAGAGCAUUUGGAUGUUCAAAAAUACCUUAUGGUGCCAUUAAUGUAGAGACAUUCCAUACAGCAAGAGCCCUCUGUCACCCAAGCAGGGAUUAAUGAGCCAAGUAAAAUACCUGCAGUCUUUUAAUGCUUCCAGAGCAUGGAGAUUAACUAAUUACUGUCACUGUAAUUGCUAUUUUAGUCCUGCCCUUACUGAAAGCAUUCCUGUAUUAGGAUGAAGAACUCAUAAGAUUAUUCAAAACAGACAAAUCUAGAUCCAGAUGUAAGGGACCUGUCUUGAUUAUAUACCAAAUUCUUAAAAUUUUCCAUCAAAAAAGAUGUUUGACUUCAAAAUAGCUUUUUGUGUCUCCCUAGAAGCUCUGACAUGCUUCUGCAUACAGAGGUGAGCUCCCAGAAGAUCCCCAGCUAAAGGGAACUAGUGAAGAAAAAUAUUUUCCCUACUCUUUUUCUUGUUUGGGUUUGUCUUUUUUUUUCUGUUUUCCCCUUGUAAAUCAGCUGAGGCUUUUUGUUGUGGGCAGCUGCCCAGUGUUGUAAUGCUGAUUUCUGUCUCCAUAGAUCUGCUCUGUGUGACCUUUGACAGCAGAAAAGAAAAAUACUUAAAAAUUUAUUUCAGAGGGGUCUAAGCUGCAUCACCUUGUGCUGCUCUUUUGGAGGAGUGGGUUAUUUGUGUAAGUACAUAGUCUUUGGUGUUUGAGUUGACACAGUCCUUGUAAGAUGGGUGCCUGUUCACCGUGGGGGGAACAGCCCCUGCCUGAGUCGUGUCACUGCCCUGCAGAGGGGCUGGCAUUCCCUUCUUGGGGAAUGUGAGAUAGCUCCCACUCCUCUUUGGGUGUUCUUGCUUUUACAAACAAGGGCAAACUGUCUAAAGAAAAGGCAUUACUACUCUUUAUGUCUACCCUUCCACUGUAUGUGAGCUCAGAGGUCUUGAAAAUAGUAAUUAAAAAAAAAAAAAUAGUCUUUUCCACAAUACCCUUUAAACCCAUUGCUUUGAGUUUUACAAUCUGCAGCAAAAUGUGCCAAAAUAGGUGUGACAUGCUGCUGUCCUGUGAGGUGUUACUGUAAAAGCCAUUGAGGCUGGUAGGAAUGUACCCUGGUGGGAAGGUAUCCCAGCAGGAAUGUUUCCCUGGCUGCAGCUGCCUUCAGGUCAGUCCUGAGAUGAACCUUUAUGGUGGCAUCAGGAGGGUGAUGAGGCCUCAGCUGGGACAGACUCCAAUUCACUGGCCCAGAAGGUGGUUCCCUUCCAUGCAGCUUGGGAGGAAAGGAUAAAAGGGACAGACAAAGCAUUUCAGCCCAAGGUACCAUCUCUUGUCAGGCUGAGGUGACUGGACAAGGCUGGAUGAGCAUUUGGGCACACAUGGCCCUUGCUGGGUCUGGUACAGACAUAAAGCUAAACAAACUCCUUUAUAAACUGCUGUACAGCCCAAUUGCAAAGGCAAAUGUUAUCCAGAGACUAUGAGUUUCUGUGGGCUGGAGAUAACAAUUGGCAGGUACUGCUAGAGAGGUGCAAGGCUGCAAUUUGCUGUGUUUGUCAGACGUGAAAAGUGGGUACACCUUGAGGAGGGAUAAUCUUAUCCCCUGCUAUCCAUCUGUUCAUAAACCUUCCUUGCUCUUAAGGAAAACAGAUUUUGGUGGUUCUCUGCUCUUGUAAAAUGGCAUUUCUGCCCAGUGCUGGCCCAGAGCUGUGGCUUGCUGGACAGGGCUAGGACUUGCCAGGGAUGAGUGAUGCUGUUCCCAGCUGCAGCCAGUUCUCCUGGAUGGCAAAUGACACUUUUCUCCCUUCCUUCCCAGACGUUGCAGUGUUAUGCAAGUCAAGUGACCUCGUUUUCCAGCUAUGCAAUACAAACAACCAUAACAUGUGAUGAACCAGCUGUACCCCCCCACCCCCAAAAUGCUUUUGGAAUUUGUCUUUGGUGUGUGGUUUCGUGUUUGUAUGUUCAUUUUGAGCACCUGAGCCAGAUCCUUUACAGAUUGCCUUUUUCUAGGAUUGAAAACGUAGCAUUAGCACUAACAAAUUUUACUGUAAAUAUUUUUAUAAGACAAUUUAAAAUAAUUUUUGGAUUGCUUUUUAUGGUCUUCAAUGACAUUUCUGGAUCUAUUUGUGCACUCCAGUGUGGAUUUUGCUGGCUGUGGUGUAGGUGUGACUCUAUGUUCUCUGCACUAGAAAUGCCAUGUUGUAAGAAAGAUCUGGGAUAGUUGUGUUGGUUUUAACGUUAGAAGGACAGCAUUGGGCUCCACAUUAUGAGAUAAAUGAAAACCCAUUACCUCAGUCACCAGUAGGCUCUUAGAUUAUUGGUUAUUUUACAAUUAUUUCAAUACCCUGAUUUAAUUUUCUUGUGCCAUGAGUUUGGUUCCUGGGUAGUUUGGGAAAGAAGCUGUAACUUGGUGGUUCUGUUUCUUGGCUCCUGCAUGAGCUGCUUGAAGACAGAGAUUCUCUGCCCACAACAGUCUGGGCAUAACCCCCCAGGUGGCCAAAAUCAGACAAAUUAUUGCAGGAGUUUUUAUUAAAAGCUUUACAGACUGAACUUGGACCUCUUCCUCACGUUGGUCCUUUGUGAAUAUGAGCACUUUCCUCAGCUCCUUCUCUUGUAAUCUGUUUUUUGGUCACCUGUGCUUGGCCCCCUGUGGCACUCUGGCCUUGGGUUUCUGAAGGGGCUUUGCUCUUGCAGAGGAGCACCCCAGGAUGAGCCCCAGCCCCAUCACCUGUGGUGCACACCCUGCUGGGCUUGCAGGGCAGGGUAGAUUUGCCUUGAGCAAUCUGUUGUUUAAACAAGUUCAAAUAAAGUCCAUCUUUUCCACUGGUGCCUAAUAGAUAAAUUGGGAGUGAUUAAAUCAAUUUUCAGUUCAUUCAGUUUAUCCAAACAGUGUCUUUUUAUGGAUGUGUACAACAAGUAAUUACCAUAAAUACACUUGGCAGUGUUUGCAUGGCACCACGGUGAAAGCUUAAUGCUGUUCUCUGGUUUGCAUUGUGGGAGACCAAACCCUUCAUAUCCAGAGAGGUGUGCUGCCUGUUCAUCCAGCCAACGGGGUGGCUCAACAGAUAAAUGCUGUUCAUCAAGCCACUGUGGUGGUUCAACACCAGUGCAGCUCAGUCUUAACCUUUGGGAUGUAUUUUUCAUAUAUUAUCAAAACAGUUGCCCCCUUUGCCCACUUCAUGCCCAGAAAUCAUUUUCAUGUGAGCAUUUUUUGUUGCUUAAAGCUGCAGUGUUUGGGAGAGUGCUAGACAUUAUGGUCUGAAUAUGGGCUCAUUCACUUCUUUUCAUCUGCCCUUGUCUUUGUCUAUGGGUUUAUAAAUUAUUUUCCUCUACAGUGACAAUAAAUGAAUAAAUAUUGAUAAUUUUAAUUUGUAGGUUUUAUGUAUAAAGACCGUCAAGGGUAAUGAAUGAUUGUGAAAUAAUUUACAUGGGUGUGAAAUUUUUUGGUUUUGUAAACCAGACCUUGUUGGUUCAGUAGCUGACAGUAUAUUGUAACAAGUUGGUUGACUGUUCAAACUCAUUUUUUAAAUUAAAGAUUUUUUUUUUUUGCAUGAGUGUGAAGGACAAAGGACUUUGCAAAGUAAUUCUCUUGACAGCUGUCUUAUCCAGUGUGAGAAAUGACUCAAGAAACAUUCUUCACUGACAUAUUUAUAUUAUGAAAGAAAAUCACACUGUAGUUCCCCAUCAUUUAAUUGGAAUAAAAACUGGACUAAUGAAACUUU